AUGGCCAAGAAGGAUAAGGGAAAGAGAAAGCUCGACAGAAAAGCCAAAAAGGUUCAAGAGGAAGAGGAACUCCAAUCCCUCGAAAAACGGAUCCAGGAAUUCGAUCCUGCCGUUGACGGAGCCUCCAUCUCCGAUUUUGCCAACCUUCCCAUCUCAAAAGCUACCCUUCAGGGCCUUAAAGAAGCCAACUUUGUCACAAUGACUGAUAUUCAAAAAAAAACUAUUUGCGUUUCUUUGAAAGGUGAUGAUGUUAUGGGAACUGCCAAAACCGGGUCUGGUAAGACUUUGGCUUUCUUGGUGCCAGUAAUUGAAGCAUUGACUAGAGCGCAGAUCACCGAAUUUGAUGGAUUGGCAGCCUUGGUUAUCUCGCCAACGCGUGAAUUAGCUGUGCAAAUUUUCGAGGUGCUCACAAAGAUUGGUAAAUACAAUUCUUUCUCUGCUGGUUUGGUUACUGGUGGAAAAGAGGUUCAAUUCGAGAAGGAGAGAGUGGCUCGUAUGAACAUCUUGGUAGGUACUCCCGGUCGUAUCUCGCAACAUUUAAAUGAGACAGUGGGUAUGGAUACCUCCAAUUUGCAAGUUUUGGUUCUAGAUGAGGCAGACCGUUGUCUUGAUAUGGGAUUCAAAAAGCAAAUUGAUAGUAUUGUCGGCCACUUGCCUCCCACUAGACAAACGCUUUUAUUUUCCGCCACCCAGUCUGACAACGUCAGUGAUUUGGCCCGUUUGUCGCUCACUAAUCCCAAGAGAAUUGGUGUCUCUGCUGACAACUCCGUUUCUGCCACUCCAGAGUCUUUGGAGCAAUUUUAUGUUCGUAUCCCUCUCGGUGAGAAGCUUGAUAUGUUGUGGUCUUUCAUUAAAUCGCAUCUUAAGGCUAAAAUCUUAGUGUUCUUCUCUUCGCUGAAACAGGUUCAAUAUGCAUAUGAAUCGUUCCGUACCUUACAGCCAGGUAUCUCUUUGUUGAAACUUUAUGGCCGUCACAAGCAAGUGACACGUCUAGAAACUACUACGAAGUUCUCGCACGCACAGUACGCUUGUUUGUUCGCAACCGAUAUUGUUGCUAGAGGUUUAGAUUUUCCUGCUAUUGACUGGGUGAUCCAGGUUGAUUGUCCAGAAGAUCCAGCCACAUAUGUGCAUCGUGCAGGCCGUUGUGCUCGUUUUGGUCGUCCUGGUAAAUCUUUACUCAUGUUGCUUCCUUCAGAGGAAGAAGCUAUGUUGACAAGACUUAAGGCGAACGGAAUUGAGCCCAAAUUUAUGAAUAUAAAGCAAAAGAACAAAAAGACAAUCAGACCACAAUUACAGUCUUUGUGUUUUAAAGACCCAAAAAUGAAGAAUUUGGGUCAAAGAGCUUUCAUCUCUUACUAUAGAUCUAUUUACGUCCAAAAGGACAAGGAGGUUUUCAAGGUUGAUGAACUACCCGCUGAAAAAUAUGCUGCAUCUUUGGGUUUGCCUGGUGCCCCGAAGAUUAAAAUUAAGGGAGGAGAGGCUUCCAAGGAGAGAAAGAAUAUGUCAAAGGCUCUCUUGAAUCUAGAAAAGGCCAACGCGGAGGGUGAGGAUGCAGACAAUGGACAGAAAAAGGUAAGAACAAAAUACGACAGAAUGUUUGAAAGGCAGAAUCAAACGGUCCUUUCAGAGCAAUAUCUUAAUAUGACUGGCACCAAAAUCCGCAAGAAUGGCGAUGAUGAAGAAGAAGAUGACGAAGAUGAUUUCAUGAAAGUCAAGAGAAAGGACCAUGAGAUUGUUGAUGAAGAGCUUCCAGAUUUGACACUCCCUGCCUCUAAAAGGGCAGCAAAGAAGGCUCUUUCGAAAAAGUUGUCCCUUGCCAACCAUGGUUUACCAACAAAGCUUAAGUUUGAUGAUGAUGGUGAAGCGCAUCCACUUUAUGAGCUCGAAGAUGAAGAGUCUUUUAAGAGUAAGGGUGAUGCAGCUACUCAAAAGGAACAAUAUGUUGAGAAGGAGACAAUGGCUAUGAACGAGGCCGAUGUGGAGGAUAAAGAAACGGCCCGCGCGAAGAGACAAGAGAAGAAGAGAAAGCGGAAGGAGGCUGAGAGAAGACUCCGUGAUGAAGACGACAGCGAGGAUGAUGAAGAAACUAUCGUUACAUUAGGCACUGCAGACUUGGAUAGAGACCUCGAAUCUUCUGAUGAAUCUGACGACGAGCCCUCUCAAAAGAAGCCUAAGUGGUUCCACAAAUCGAACAGAGCAGAUGACAAUGAAGAUGAUGGUAUCGUUGAGCUCGAUGAGCCUCAGACAUUGGAAGAUCUCGAAGCCUUGACGUCUCGUUUGAUCAACAACUAA